AUGGAAGCCAUUAUGAGUGUGGGUGACAAAGAUGAGAGUGAAAGUGAGGGAGAUGAGUCUAUUGAUUAUGAAAAUGUUCUAGCCUUUACUAUGAACCAAGAAGAUGAGAAGAGUGAGUCUUCUGACAACUCCCAUGAUGUCUAUACUGAACAACAAGAAGCAUAUGACAAAAUGUAUGAUCAAUGGUUAAAGGUUAUUAAGAAGUUUCAAUCCCUUGGAAUUAAAAAUGAAACCUUGGUGAAGGAAAAGAAAAUUUUGUCCAAAAAAAUUGUGGUAUUAACUAUUGAACUAAUUGAGGCUAAGGCUAUUGUUGAGAAAUUUAAUGUAGGUACAGUCAAGCUUGAUGAAGUGCUUGAACAAGGUAAGUCAUUUGGAGAAAGGUUUGGUUUGGGUUUCAAUCUUAGUGCUAGUACAUCGACUUCUGGUGCAUGCACGUUUGUUAAAGCUACUGAAAUUCCUACUGAGGUUGCUGAAGGGGAACAAGUUGUGAAGGAUUAUCUCUCCAUUUGCUUCAUGGAUCUUCAGAAGUCAUCUCUGUCAAGAAAGCAAGCUGAGGAAUUCUUCCCACUCGUUGAUCAAGUUGCCAUUGAGCUUCUCGACAUGGAUGGUAGACCAUACACUUUCAGUUAUGGAACUAAAGACUGCUACAGAAGACUUAGUUCUGUAAAUAAGCUUGGAGAGGAGGGAUAUGGACCAGUUUGUAAGGGAAUACUUAGUGAUGGAAGAGUAAUUGCUGUGAAGCAAUUAUCUGUAGCAUCUCACCACGGGAAGAGCAGCUUGUGCAGAGAAAUUGCUAUAUAUGCCGUGCAGCACUGUAACCUAGUAAAACUUCAUGGAUGUUGUUUUGAGAGAGCACAACAAAUCCUUGUUUAUGAAUAUCUAGAAAACAACAGUCUUGAUAAAGCAUUAUUUCGGAAAAGGAAGUUUCACCUUGCUUGGUCAAUGCAUUAUAAUUUGGGAGUAGCAAGAGGUCUAGCUUAUCUUCAUGAGGAAUCGAGGCUUCGAGUUAUACAUAGAGACAUGAAAGCCAGUAAUAUUCUACUUGAUGGUGAUCUCAUCCCCAAAAUAUCAGAUUUUGGUUUGGCGAAACUUUAUGAUGAUAAGAAGACUCACAUAAGCACUCGUGUUGCAGGGACAAUUGGAUAUCUUAUAUUGGAGUAUGCCAUGCAUGGAUAUCUUACAGAGAAGACUGAUGUGUUUGCCUUUGCCGUUGUGAUUCUAGAGGUUGUUAGUGGGAGGCCAAACAUGGAUUCAAGCUUGGAAGAAGAGAAGAUGUAUCUUCUUGAUUGGGCUUGGCAUCUAUACAAGAACAACCGCCAACUAGAACUAGUGGACUCAAAAUUGUCUGACUUCUGUAAGGGAAAUGUAAAAGGUCUAAUAGGAGUGGCUCUUUUGUGUACUCAGACAUUGCCCUCCUCGAGGCCAUCAAUGUCCUGCAUGAUUGCUAUGCUUUAUGGAGAUAUGGAAGUAAGUACAGUAAAUUCUAAGCCUGGAUACUUGACUGAAUGGGCAUUUGAUGAUGUGAUGACCUUUGUUAGUGAAGAUAUAAAUGAAGAAUGUGAAGAGACUAGCCAUUACAUCUCCUCAACAAGGUUAAGUACAACGAAUAAAACUCCAAAAAUAAAUGUUGCUGAAACCAGACUCCAUGGAUUGGCUUUUACUUUAGAUUCCAGUUUUGUUUCAUAA